AUGGACGCGGGGGCGUUGCUGGAUGCGUUUGCCUUGCUCGGCAUCGAGACCGAUGCGACUGAGGCGCAGAUCCGCACUGCCUACCGCAAGCGGUCGCUGCAAUGGCAUCCCGACAAGGUCAGGGACCUGCCGCAGGACGUGGCAGCCGACCGAUUCCACAAGCUCUCGCUCGCGUACGAGCAGCUGAUGAACCCGGGCACGCGCGCCGACCUCGCGCAAAAGAUGGAGCAAGAGCGUGAGCGGCGCGCGCGGCACGAUGCAUUUGACUCGCGGCGCAAGCAGAUGGCCGCGGAUCUCGAGGAGCGCGAGGCGUACGAGCGCCAGAUCAAGGCGCAGCGCGAGCGGGCGCGGCGCGAGCACGCCCAGCGCGUCACGGCGCUGCGUGAGGAGGGGCAUGCAAUGCGUGUCGACAAGCAUGAACAGCUCCUGAAGGAAUGGCAGGCGCGCCAGGCGCCGACGAACUCCUUGCCCCAGAAACGCAAGGCGGACGUCGAGCUGCCGCCGCUGGGACCGAUGGACACGACGGCCCUGCUGCGCUUCCCUGUCGAGCAGCUCGAUGAGAUGGGGGGCGAGGCGCUUUUCGAAAAUGCACAGACGACACCACUCGCUGCGGCGCUCGUCACGUCCUAUGGCCCACUGGCGACGCUGGCCGUCAAGCCGCCCAAGAAGCGCCGCGAAGUCUCGGCGCUCGCGACCUUUACCGAUAUACAAGCCGCGUCGCGCGCGGUCGAGCAGGGCAGUGCGCUACGGUGCACGCACCCCCUGCUCGAGGAGACGUGGAUCGGGUGGGGCGACGCCAACUUCAAGGCGCGUGCCUCUGUCCCUGAGCGCGUCGCGUACUGGCAGGCGCACCCCACCGCGCCACGGGAUGCGCCGAGCGAUGCUGCGCCUGCGCCUGCGCCUGAAGCGCUGCCCAAGGCGGGCCUGCUGGACGCCGAGUACGAGGCUCAGACGCUCCAGCGACUACAGAGAGCUGCUGUGUCCGGUGCUGCGUAA